GGGCUCAUUUCCGCUUCCGGCCGAGGAGAGAGGAGCUGGGGCGGCCACGAUGCUGAUCAAAGUGAAGACUCUGACGGGGAAAGAGAUCGAGAUCGACAUCGAGCCCACGGACAAGGUGGAGCGGAUCAAGGAGCGGGUGGAGGAGAAGGAGGGGAUCCCCCCCCAGCAGCAGCGCCUCAUCUACAGCGGGAAGCAGAUGAACGACGAGAAGACGGCGGCCGACUACAAGAUCCAGGGCGGCUCCGUCCUCCAUCUUGUGCUGGCCCUGCGGGGGGGCGGGGCGGGGCAGUGAGGGGGCGGAGGGGGCGGGGCCUGCGCCAAAAGCCGCCCCUCUCCCUCAGCCCCACCUGCGAGCGGGUGGGGAGAGCCCAGCCCUGCCCUCCCGGUCCCGCCCCUUUCUAAAGUUUUCCUCCCUCACACGCCCCCCUAUUUAAUAAAGUUUGUUCGUGAUGUCGUGC